UUUUUUUUAAUGCUUCUUCUCCACCUGAGCUUUACUCAAAAGUCAAACAGAACAUAAAAAACUUAAAAAUGGCACUUUCGACGCUCCUCUACAUCAAACACCCAUAUCCCUUCCCUCCUCUUCACUUCUCCGAAUCACAAAUUCACCCCCAAAAACCAUUAAUUCUUACUUCCACCCCAACAUUUCCAUCACUCAAGUCCCACAAGAAAAUGCUCCCUCACAGACCACAUGCAGUCUCAAUGCAAGGAGUUCUAUCAGACGCUAUGAACUUAAUCCAAUCAGCACAUCCCACUUGGAAAUCAGCCCUUUUCAGCAAUCUGUUGAUUUUUGUUGUGGGGUCUCCAAUUUUGGUAUCCGGGCUCUCUCUCUCUGGGAUUUUUGCUGCUUAUUUGCUGGGCACUCUUACUUGGCGCGCUUUUGGACCUUCGGGGUUCCUCCUGGUUGCCUCUUACUUUGUUAUUGGAACUGCAGUUACAAAAGUGAAAAUGGCUCAGAAGGAAGCUCAAGGGGUGGCUGAGAAGAGGAAAGGAAGAAGGGGACCAGGCAGUGUGAUUGGUUCAAGUGCUGCUGGUUGUGUGUGUGCUUUUCUGUCAAUAUUUGGAACAGGGGGACGGGCAUUUCUUGCGCUUUGGAAACUUGGCUUUGUAGCCAGUUUCUGUACUAAGUUGAGUGAUACAGUCUCAAGUGAGAUAGGGAAGGCAUAUGGCAAAACUACGUACCUUGUUACCACAUUUAAGGUAGUUCCAAGAGGAACAGAAGGGGCUGUCAGUGCUGAGGGAACACUAGCUGGAUUGUUGGCCUCUAUACUUCUUGCCUCCAUUGGUUGUAUCCUGGGUGAGAUAAAUGCACCUGAAGCAGUUAUAUGUGUGAUAGCAUCCCAGAUUGCUAAUGUUGGUGAGAGCAUAAUAGGUGCUGCUUUCCAGGAGAAAGAAGGAUUUCAAUGGCUCAAUAAUGAUGCUGUCAAUGUCAUCAACAUAUCUGUGGGCAGUAUUUUAGCUGUACUGAUGCAGCAAGUCUUUCUCCGAAGCUAGGGUGCUUAAAUCUAUAAAUUACUGGAAAUUAAAAUGUCUGAAAAUUUUGGACUUUAGUUUCAACAUCAUUUCAGCCAUCUAUACAUUCCAUUGAUGAACAAAGCAUGACCAGGUGCAGUGCAGAUAAGGUAUUUUGCUCUGUUUCGCAUCAACCUGCAAGAUUGACUGUUUGUUAUCUGCAUACAUAGCUCUCGGCUAUGUUAGCAACAGAGUGCCAAACAAGGAGGCGUUUGUAAGUAAUUCUAGAUCAGUUCGGGAUAAUAUUCGUUAUAUAGUUGUUAGAUACAAAAUUUUACCAAUUUUAUCUAUAUAUUAUUCUUAUUA